GUAGGUGGCGGUAUGCACCUUAAAGUUGCUUGUGAUCCGCCAUAAUAGAAAAGAAGAAGAAGAAGAAGGAAUAGAGGCACAUCUAAAACAUGCAGAAUAGGACUGAGGACUGGAAUUGAGAGGCACUGCUUUACUAGGAUGGCUGGGCUGCUCUGGCAUGGAGGAGGAUCUUGAAGCCUUCCUUCGUUCAAGACAUGUUGCAGAAGAUGACAUAAAUCGGAUGAAAGUGGAUAAGAUUGACAGAGGUGUCAUUUGUGUGAUGACGGACGAAGAAUUUUCAAGAUACAUCCCUUCAUAUGGCGACCGAUUGGCUAUUGCAUCAUUUUGUCGACGAAUGGAAGCUAAUUUUGAUAAGGAAGGUGUCUUACACAGAAUUAGACAAACAAUUGAAACAAGGCGGAUGAGGAGCAAAAGACAUGUCGAAGUACCCCAGCAAACAUCUGUAAGAAAUUCUGGCUUGAUGGCAAGGCCUAAAAACAGCAACGCGGUGAAAUCAAAACGCAGAAUUGAAGUGGGAUGGCUGCACUUUCAAAGUGGGGAUUUUCACCAAGUUAGGGCUAAAUGUGGAGGUGGAACCAGACACCUUGAAAUGGAGAAAACCACCACUGUGUCAGAAGUCAUGACCACUGCAAAAGAGUUGUUUUUUCCUGGUGGACUAUCAUCAAAGGGAUCCAUUAUGGACUUCACACUUAGCAUGUGUGACUUUAAAAGACAAGCUGUACCUCUAGACAGUACUCUUUCUGAACUAUAUGAACAAUUUAAAUUGAAAAUGGUACGGCUUUAUUUGUGCACAAAGGACUUGGAGCAUUCAUCUGAGGACCAAAAUGAUCUCUUUGAACAGCCUCCCAAUGUUGGAAGAGUUGCUCAACACUCAACUUCUGCCCCUUCUGCUGAGCCAUUAACUUCAAUGAAGUCUUUGCAAGGCUAUACAUCAGGGGAAGCGGGGCACUCAAGCCAGUACCUUAUCACAGAUGAAGCAUCGCUGAGUCCACAACACAGAGCUUUACCAGAUGGAACUGAAGGUCAUGAUCCUGUGUAUGUCAUUGAUGACGAUGUGGAACUUUUACAUCCUGCCUUGCAUUCAACACCUGGUCCUUCAAACCAGGAAACUGAGUAUUUCUAUGGAAUUGAUAAUAUGGAAAACCCAGUGGUAAUGCAAGAAACCGAAACAGUGAUAGCUAACUUCAACAGCAUUAAUGGUCUGGAUGAGACGGAGGAUUCUGGAGUAGUUCAAAUAGGGUCAAGGUCAGAUGAUGAUGAUGGUGAGCUUGCUUCUACGCUUCCCAUGAUAGACGGUCAUCCUGAGAUGGAAGCUGGAAACUUUUCAGAAGCUCCACAAACAGCUGUAUUACACAUGAUCCCUUCAACAGAAAAUGAUGCAUUACCGUCUUCUACUGGAGGUGUAGUACAUCCCAAAGAACCAAGGUAUGCACAUGUCCGGCGUGCCAUGGUCAUAGAUGACCUUCUUAAUUUGUUCAUGGACAAAAGCGUAAUGGAAUUAGAAUUGAAAAUGGAAUUUAAUAAUGAAAUGGCUGUGGACAACAGUGGAGUGUCAAGAGAUGUGUAUACAGCUUUCUGGGAGCAGUUCUUGGAGCUCUGUGAAGGGGAGGAGGAGAGGGUGCCAAAACUCAGACCAGACUUUUCGAAAGAGAGGUGGUAUGCACUAGGCCGAAUUUGGGCAAAAGGACUCAUUGACCAUGGUGUAUUUCCAGUCAGGUUGUCAAAGGCAUUCAUCGUUGCCUCUGUACUUGGUCUUCAAGCAGUAGAAGAAGAAGUUUUGAUGUCCUCCUUUUCUAAGUAUUUGUCGGAGAGCGAGCGAAGUACCAUUGAGAAUGCUCUCAAUGGUGUACUGGAAGAGGAUGAGGAGGACAAUUUGUUGGAUCUUUUUUCACAGAUGGGGGCUCACAGCAUUCCAUGUCGGGAAAAUAUCAAGCAAGCGAUACAAGUCAUGGCUCAUAAAGUCAUAUUACAAGAACCAAAGUAUAUCAUAGAUUGCUUUAAUGAAAUUUUCAAAGACAUUGCAUUAAAUCUGUCUCAUCCAGCUGAUGUCCUUCAUUUAUACAAGUCCAAAAAAGCAACAAACAAAAAAGUAGUUGACAUGCUGCAAACAGAGGCUUUGUCCCUAUCACAGAAAGAGCAGACAACAUUCACUUACCUGCAAAGGUACAUUAGGAAUGCAGAUCAGCGCAAACUAGAGAAAUUCUUGCGAUUUUGCACAGGGUCCUCUGUUUUAUGCACAGAAGAAAUUAAGGUGACAUUUAAUGCUGAAACAGGUUUUGGGAGAAGACCUGUUGCACACACAUGUGGAGCAAUCAUUGAUGUGCCUUACACUUACAGUUCCUACCCGGAAUUUAGAGCAGAGUUUGACAGUAUCUUGGCAAGCAAUUUCAUGUUGAUGGAUAUUAUUUAAGCUUUAAAAGGUACUUGACAUCUUUGCUAAAAUAAACACCAUCAUUCUGUAUUGUCAUACACCAUGUUCAUGAAGCUGUGUGAUUGUUAGUGGUAUUCUACUUUCAAGGCUUAAAAGCUCUACAAUGUCAAAAGGUUUGUUGGCAUGGAAAACCAAAGGGUAAAUUUCCAAUUUUGUAUAAUUUCCAGAAUUGUAAUAACCUCCUGUUGCAAAUAGACCAGUAGUUGGCUUUCACAUUUGUUUUAAUAAAGUUCUGACACUCAACUUAAAUUUUUAAAUGUUUUAAUAGGCCAGGUGUUUACAGAAAAAUGGUUGCAAUACAACCAAAUUCAGAGUUUGAUAAAUUCAUUCUUUACCCUUUCUUUUCUGUUGGUAUGCACAAUGUUAACGACAUAAGAUGCUAACAAUGGUUAAAAAGAUGUGUUGCUUUUAAAAUGUUCUAAAGCAAUCCAAUGUUAAAGAUCCAAUGUUCAGGAAUUAAAUUGAAGAACAAACCAUUUUCAGUUUUCUUGUAAUUUUGACAAUUUUAUCUAAAGGUUCCUGCUAAUACUUGAGCAGUACAGUUGCUGUAUUUUUCUCUUUAUUGAAGCAGGUUUAGAAAUUCAGAAAGUUUAUUUAGAUGGUUGGAUAAUGCAAUGAAGUAAAAAGAAUAAUACUUAAAACACAACAAAAUUCAGAAGGUUUGUAACAUCAGCCAACUUCGAUUUUCUAGUGACCUUUCUGUGGAUUUUUUUUCCCUGUUUUUUGCUCUAUUGGAAGGGCCAAAAUGUUAAGCUGUUCUUACAAAUGAAGAAAUAUUUGUAACAUUUGUCUUGCAAAGUUUUUAUUUUUUUUACAUGUUUGAAUUUCCAGUGAAUGUUGACAAUAAAUGUUUACACAAUGA